GCUGAAUAUGAUACAACUUCUAUUAUUCAUUUCUCUGGACGAUACUUUAGCAAAAAUGGUCAACCUACUAUUAUGGAUCGCUCAAAUAAUGAACCAGUACAAGUUGAGAAAAAAUAUCUCAGUCAUCAAGAUAUCUACAGAGUUAAUAUUCUAUUCAAGUGCUUGCCUGAAAAACCUGCUGUAGAGUGGACAGAGUGGGGUAAUUGGAGUGCUUGCGAUAAGACAUGUGGAGAAGGAGAGAAGUCAAGAUUUCGAGUUUGUAAAGAUGCAAAGGAAGAAAUUGUAGAAGGAUGUGAAGGUGAAAAAUCUGAAAGAAUUGAUUGUGAAAAUGAAGCUUGUCCAGGAGAAUGGAGCGACUGGAGUGAAUUUGGUGAUUGUUCUAAGGAGUGCGAUGGUGGUUUACAAUGGAGGAAUCGCACUUGUAAUUUGCCAGAUAUGUGUGAAGGGAAGGAUUCUGAAGGUUCUGAUUGCAAUACUCAAGCUUGUGGAGCUGAUGCUAACUGGCAACAAUGGUCGUCCUGGAGUGAAUGUGAUAAGACUUGUGGAAGUGGUAACAUGACAAGAAGACGUCAGUGUCUCGGUUUUAAAAAUGAAAUGUCCAUUAAAUGCGAAGGUAGUGAAGGCAAACCGGUUAUUGAAGAUAAACAAUCAUGUAAUACAAAAGAUUGUGAGCCAAAAGAACCAGAGGGCGAUGGUUGGGAUGAAUGGGGCCUUUGGUCAAGCUGUUCUCAAACUUGUGAAGGAAACAAAAGCAGAGAAAGAAGAUGUAAAGUGGAAAAAUGUCAAGGAAAUUCUACUGAGAUAACAGAUUGUAAUACAGAAAAAUGUGAAAAAGAUCUUUUUUCUGAAAAAUCUAAAAAAACAAAUGCGUUAUGUAAGCAAUCAUCUUUAUGGAAUCUUGCUGAUUUUAAUGGAGAUGAAAAAGCAGAUGCAUUGUGUAAAAAUCAGGAUGGAAAAUUGCGUCUGAGUAUCAAGUUUGCAACAACAGAAGGAAAAUUCAAUGACAUAGCUACAGAUGCAGGAAAUUUCUGUGCAGAUGAAGACAAAAUUCUAAUAUUAGUUGAUUCAAAUGGAGACGGAAAAACAGAUUUAGCUUGUGAUGAGAAACAAAAGGAUGUUAUUAUAAGAUUAAACACUUAUGAACCAUGAUGUGACUAAUAAACAGAUAUUCUAAUUCAAUUCGCACUUAUAUAGUUUUUGUUUAUCGAAGUGGUGAUUCUCGAGCAGUAAGUAUCAUGGUUAAGGCGAGAAUCCAGGCACAAGCCAGUUUCGACAUGAAAUAUUUUGAACUACGCCAUGGUAGAAAAAAGAAAGUUGCUGAAACUUUAAAUGACAUUGACGUCAAAUACACAAAGCCUUCUGAAUUACUUUGUUGAUUAAUUUGAUAUUGAAUUGAUUUCAUUUCGCAUUAAAAAAGUGAAUAGCUUACUUCAAAGAUAAUUUCAACGUUUAUUAAUUCAUUUUGAUUUAAUCAUUCUUGCAUCAGUUUCAAAGGAAGUACCGGUAGUUAUCUGUGACUUGGUCAUAUUCGAUGAUGUGUGUAUUAUUAACAUGUGAGGGUAUUUCACAAUCAUUUGUAGUUGUGUUCCUGCUAUUCUGUCUAUAUAUUUAAUUUGAUAUUUCCACCUAGUUCAGUUAAAUCACUUUAGUUCUUCAGUAUUGCAUCGUCAAGCUGUUUUGUCGGAUUUGUGCUAGAGGUAUAUUAAAGUAUAGCUUAUAUUAUAACAGCUGUCAUAGUGCUUUAUUUCAAAAAGUUGAGAGGAACAGUUGGUUCGUAAUUUUGUCUGAGAGUAGAAAUAAAGGCAGCGCUAGUCAACAAAAUUCAUUGAUAUGUCUUGAAAUAUGUUAUUUAAAAAUUCAUUUUUUAAAUUUAGAUUUUAUUGUCUAGAAAU